AAUAAAUGUAACGAAGAAGAAAAAUCUCGCGAUAGUUCUUGGAGUUCACGUUACCGGCAUGGAAGAAAUGUUGGCUUUUGUGAUGUUUCAGUGUAGCCCUCCUCAAUAAAAAUGGCAGCAGUUCCUGGACUGAGAGCCCUCCUCGCUGUGCAGCGAUCGGUGACAUUGCAGCCCAGCUUUUUUGGCUUCAUUCCAAUACAUUUUGCAUCAGCCUGCUUCCCCAGAAGGCUUUACAGUACUUCGACAGGAAGUACUGAAACAAAGCUACCGGUAAACCCGGAGAAUGAAUCUCUGCUCGAGAACUUGAACCUCAUGGGAGUUGACGUGAGGAUGGCACGCCAGCGUCAGCCUGGGGUGCUUCGUAAAACCUUCACUAAUGAGCACGGCCUCGCUCAGUUCCUGCAAGGAAAAGGUGCCAGCCGCAAAGUCAUUGCUAGCAUAAUAUCCCGUUAUCCCCGAGCCAUCACUCGCUCCAUUGAACACUUGGAACAACGCUGGCAGCUGUGGAGAAACAUCUUCCAGACGGACGCAGAAAUCGUAAGCAUCCUGGAUCGCUCACCUGAGUCGUUUUUCCGCUCCAGUGAUAACGACAACUUGGAGAAGAACAUAGAUUAUCUGGUCUCACUGGGACUAAAUGCCAAAGACCUCCACCGGCUGCUGACCACAGCACCGCGGACUUUCUCCAACAGCUUAGAGCUAAACAAGCAAAUGGUGGAGUUUCUGGAAGAUAUCUGCACAGAGCUCGGUGGAAGUAACCCAGAGCAGUUUGCAAAAAUGGUCAUAACAAGAAAUCUUUACAUUCUAAUCAGAAGCACUAAGAGAGUCAAGACAAACAUCGACAACCUGAAAGCAUCUCUUAAGUUGAGUGAUUCAGAACUGCUGGCUCUUCUUCAAGGCCACGGGGCAGAAAUUUUGGACCUUUCCAAUGAGUACCUGAAAAAGAAUUUCAACAGCCUGGAGCAGAAGAUGACCGCACUUGGCUGUCGGAAAGCUGAUGUUAAAAAACUGAUCAUCAACUAUCCGAUGAUUCUCUACAUUGGGCCUGACACUCUGAGCUCUAAACUAGACUGUCUUCUAAAAGGAGGAAUAACAAUGAAGCAGAUACUGGAAAAGCCCAAAGUUUUGGACUACAGCACACAAAACAUUACAGGGCGACUAGAGGAACUGAGAAGGGUGGGCUAUGACUUCCAGAAGAAUGGCAUCAACAUCCUCGAUUCAAGUCGAAAGCGGUUUGCCGCAAAGAUAGAAAAACUUUCUGCCUCACCAGAAGAGUGAGUGUAGCUUGCUGCCUGUCAGACAGUGUUGGCUGAUACUUUUUCAUUUUUUUGAUGUAAGAAUGAACAGAUUUCAUGUUCAGAGAUAGUAUGAUUGAGCUCUUUUAAUAACCCAAACUUAAUUUCAGCAUUGAAAUCUAAACAUUGUGCCUGUGAUAUUCUUCUAGUCUCACAAAAGUAAUUAAAGCAGUAAAAAUCAUAAAUUGAAGGUCUGGGGACAUUUGAAGCUAAUGAGUAAAAGGAAAUUGUCAGUGGAUUACCUCCUUAUGUAAUGUUUCAGGUGUUUUAAUCCAUCAAUACAUAAAUAUGCUGUCUUGAAAUAAAAAAAAAAUGCAAAAGGUGAAA